UGUAAGCGCAGCGUUCAUUCUGCUAUAUGGUGCUUCUCAGUUGUCACAAUUAACAUUCCUACAUCGCCUUCAGAUUUGUUCAGCUCUGGUUGUCUCUUUUAAUGCUCCUAAGCAGUGAACUGCUGUGAAAGAUGGAGCAGGACCACUUGGCUGAGUCGCUCAAUGACCUUUUCACAAAUGUUUCCACGAUGAUUAGAGGCGAACUGCAGGAAACUAACAAUGCACUUGAACUUGUGGAGAAAAUGAAUACAAGAGUUGCUGAAGAAUAUAAAGGCUUUGGAGAUGUGGCUUCAGGAUUGAGGAUCUUUGUGGAGCAAUUGAAGUCUAAGAGUGGCAGCUUUGACGAGUACGUUCAACAGAUUGACACAAUUGAACAGCAAGUUACAGAAUUUGAAGCUGUAAUUUUGAUGCUUGAUAAGUAUGUCUCACUGCUGGAAUCCAAAGUGCAAUCUGCUUACCAAAUUCCUCCACCAUGAAUCAACAGUUUUUUAUCUUCUUUUUGUUUCUAUUGCAAUACCCUAAAAGCUGUUCCUGGAUUGAAUCAAACUUGGUUUUUGUAUGUUAUCAAGCAACACCAUACAUAUAACAAGAAAAUGAAUUUACCAA